AUGCGGAAGUGGGACGUGGCCACGCAGAAGCCAAGAGAUAUUCUCCUGAACCGUGACGUCAGCUGGAAGGUGUGCAAGCCCGGACGCGAUACGAGUCUCGGCGACCUCGAUCCUUUCAAGCUCUUGAACUUGGCGAAUGAAAUGGGUUCGGUCACGGGCUACGUGACCAAGAUGGCCUACCCACGGCUGCUGCCCGAGGUGGCUACAUGGAGCAAGGUGCGGGACAAGUUCCGUGCGGGGGACUUUGGGCCUCUGCCCGUUCCGCUGAGGAAGGCCAUAGACGCAGGGCAGCCCAUCGUGGUGGACCACGACCCCGAGGGUCACGGGGCCCAGGCGCUGGUCUGGGGUCCCGACGACAUCUUCCACCUGGAGCACAACGGCGACAAGACGCGGAAGAAGCCGCCGCACUGCAAGGGGCUCCUGAUGUACCAGAUCUUCUGCUGGCACCACGAGAAGUUCCGCCGCGGCUCCGAGCUCUGA